GUUUGUAUGCUGUAAGAGGUAUCGCCUCACUGCCUUCGUCCGCUGAAAUUCUGAAUGACACAGGCAACUUCCCAUACAUACUUACAUACGUAGAUAGGGGACUACCAAUCAUAUAACUUGUGUUUUAAAUAAAUACGACGGUAUGGCGUGGCAAUCGCUAAGUCGGGAAGCGUACGCGGUCUAGUGAACAACUUCGCUCAGCCAGCAAUAUACAGCGGAAGAGUGAAAAAGUAAAGCGGUUGAUAAUAAUAGUGAUACAACUGGCGCUAGGGCUGGUGCUGGUGCUGGAGCCGUUGAGCAAGUGUAGUGAAGAGAGGUGAAGUGUUAAUACGUAACAAAUCAAAACUUCCGCUCGCUGACGUGAUUGACGUGAUUAAAAAAAAGUUUAAAAGCCAAAGAAAUUACAGAGAAUUAUUAAAAAUUAAGGCAAACAUACACAUACAAAUAUGGCUAUUGAAAAAGCUACACUCGCUGAGAAGAACAACAUAACGGUUUACAAUGCGACUACAGCGCCGAAGAAGCCCAAACGACGCGACAAGAGCGAUUUGGGUCCAAAUUUCGUGGCGCCCGAUGGCGGCUGGGGUUGGGUAGUCUGCAUUGCAGCUGGUCUCAGUAACUUCUCACUUUUUCCGCCCAUGCAACAGUUUGGUUUGAUCUAUCGGCAGCGCAUGGUCGAUUUGGGUUUCACAGCAAAGGAAACAACAACAAUUAUUAAUGAUGUAAUGAGUCUGUCAUCCAUAGUGGGUAUUGUCAAUGGCGCCAUGUUUCGUCGCUUCACAUUCCGGCAAGUGGCAAUCACCGGAAAUUUAUUGGCGUUUAGCGGUAUUUUACUAACUGCUUGGGCUACAACAUUUUGGCAAUAUAUAUUUUGUCUGUCGAUGCUUUAUGGUUGCGGCUUAGGCCUCAACAUGGUCUCCACAUCGUUAGCGGUGAAUACAUACUUUAAGAAUCGCCGGCGACGUGCUACCGGCUUUACUUGGACCAUAACUGGCUUGGGACCCAUCAUUUUUCCACAUAUUUCCACUAUGUUGUUGGUGCUCUAUGGCGCACAGGGUACAAUAUUGAUAUUCGCCGCGAUCGCGCUGAACGGCUUCGUUUGUGCAUUGACAUAUCAGCCAGUUUUGUGGCAUACGAAGAAACCGAAAUCCACCGUGGAGGAAAAUGCGAAUGACGCUAACAAACCGUUAACACCCGAAAGCGAAGAAGACGAAUAUAAAUGCAAAUAUUGUCUAUAUAAGAGACAACCGAAGCGUAGCAUCUUCUCAUCGCAAUAUCUCUUCAAUGAGGAUGAUUUGGAAACACCUGGUUAUGAAAUUACCGAACCCGGUACACCGAUGAUGGCGGCCGCCAAUGACGGUUGGUACGGCUCGAAGUUAUCGCUUGCUGCGGAAAUGAGUCCAACACGUCUGCGUAAGAAAGUUAUGCGACAAGCUUCGAUCAAAGCGCAUACGACUGAUCCGGACCACCAUGACGAAUCACAGUUGAGCAAACCCAAUUACUUUAAUCGUAUGCACGAAGAAUAUGAACGUUACACAAGCAAGACUAGUGUCUAUUCGAAGUCGGAGGAGUUUCACUGCACAUGCGCUGAGGAGAAGGCGCUCAUGCAAAAGAUUUCCGAUGAGGAAUUGAAACGUGAGCAGGAACGUCUAAUGGCGGAAGAGGAGGCAAAAGAAUUGGCAAAAAGUAAAAUGAAUUUUCUGCAAAAAGUGGUGAUCUUUUUCGACUUGGAUUUGUUGCGCGAUUUCACCUUUGUCAAUUUGGUUUUGGGUAUGACCAUUAUGAUGUUUGCUGAAAUGAAUUUCUCCGUACUUACACCGUUUAUUUUGAAUGAAUACGGUUUCGAUAACAAACAGAUAUCGCUGGCCAUGUCUGUGCUGGGUGGCAUGGAUAUUUGUGUGCGCUUCUUGGCGCCAUUCGCAGUCGAAAAGGUCAAACUAGAUAAUCGUGUAUUGUUUGCCUUCGGCAUUAUUGCCAUCGCCAUCGGUCGUAUGUUUGUCGCAUUGUCGAGCUCGUAUUACGUUAUUUUGGUAUUUUUUGUACUCAUUGGCUUUGGCAAAGCUUUCCGCACAAUCUUCUCGCCGCUCAUCAUUCCCUCGUAUGUGCCAUUGAAGCGUUUGCCGGCUGCAUCUGGUUUGCAACUGGUUUUCAAUACUUUAUUCUCCUUGGCCGCAGGCCCUGUACUAGGCGUAAUUACAGAUGCGACCAGUUACACAACCACCAUACACGUACUCAAUUUGCUAACCGUUUUAGCUUUACUGCUCUGGGUCUUGGAGUCGGUUGUGCGGCGCAUGCUCGGCAAGAAGGCCAAAACUACAAUGGAAGGUUGAAUGUUGUGGUUUCAAAAUUGUGAUUGCUUUUCGUUUUGUUUUUAUUUUUGAAAAUAUAUUGAAUCAACGCCCAGUAAGUUUAUUUGCUUAAAGUACGACGUUCGGUUGAGUGUAUAUACUUAAGCAUGUGAUUGUAUGUGUUUGUGCAUUUAGUUUAAUUCUUAAUCACACAUAUUCUACUACUUUCUAUAAUAUACAUAUCCAAAAAAACUAGUUUUUAGUGAAAGUCCCGCUACUUACAUUUCUACACUUUCAUUAGUUAAGUCAAUUAAGGUUUUAUUACUUAGAGUACGCUUAGCUUUUAAACACUAGUAGUACAGAGAGAUAAGAAAAUAAAUGCUUUUAAAAAUCUUGUAA